AUGGUCAGAAGCUAUCUCCGUCAUGGCCCCACUCAGGCAUUUGGUCUUGUCUGCAGCGCGUCUUCCAAUUCUGUAUAUGAUGGUAAGCUGGCCUACGUCCCAGCUUUGGAAGAUGUAUUGGUGUGGGACAUGAAAAAAGGGCAAAUGGUUGCAAUGUGGCAUGAAGCAGGUCACAAAGCAGAAGUUACUUGCAUCAUGAGAUCGCCCCAAGAAAAAAUGUUUGCCGUAGGAUAUGCAGAUGGCUCUGUCCGGCUAUGGGAUGCUUCCUCUGGGACCGUCACUACGACUUUCAAUGGGCAUAAAAAGGCUGUCACGACACUUGCCUUCGACUCUCAAGGGGCUCGGCUAGCUUCAGGAUCUCAAGACACCGAAUUGAUUGUAUGGGAUGCUGUUGCAGAAGCUGGACUAUAUCGCUUGCGAGGUCACCGUGACCAGAUAACGGGUAUCCGGUUUAUUGAACCUCAAGAUCUACCGUCAACAUCCGAUGGUCGCGCUGUACCACUGCUUUUGACAACUGCGAAGGACACCUUCAUCAAAGUUUGGGACCUUUCUACUCAGCAUUGUCUCCAGACCGUUGUUGCCCACCGCUCUGAGGUCUGGGCUCUAGAAUUAAACUCAGACAAAACAAUUCUUUUCACUGGCAGUGGCGAAGGGGAAAUGAAAGCUUGGAAGCUUGACUAUGGAGCUGUAUCUAGCGGGUUCGAGGCAACCGAGACAGGAGAGAUCCGAAAAUUUAUCCUCCCUUAUUCGACGGUGCCCUUAGCAUCCCAACAUCGCGUAUUUCGAAUACUAUCUCAUCCGUCCGAGCCCUACCUUGCAGUGCAAUCCCAUGACCGGACUAUUGAAAUAUUUCGUGUUCGCACUGAUAUCGAGGUUAAGAAGAAACAAGCACGUCGCCGAAAAAGGGCACAAGAGAAAGGCAAGGAUACCGAUCAGCCCACCGAGAUCGACGAGGUUGCAGAUGAAGGUGCUAAACUAGUGGACCGCUAUACCCCCCAUGCCAUCAUCCGGGCAUCCGGCAAGAUACGCUCCUUUGACGUUGGGAGUGAGCAUGCAACGCAAAAAGGACUUGUCCACUUUUUCGUAGCCUUAGCCUCGAAUGCUCUCGAAGUUUACGGUGUCCCAUCGCCAUCAAAGUCAAAGGGUGACGUUUCUGAGCCAUCCCGUGUCUUCUCUCUGGAUCUGCCCGGCCACCGAACAGAUGUUCGCACAUUGUGUCUAAGUUCGGAUGAUCAACUGUUGGUUUCGGCCUCGAAUGGUUCGCUGAAAGUCUGGAAUAUGAGGACAAAUGCUUGCAUCCGUACGAUGGAGUGCGGGUAUGCGAUCUGCAGCACUUUUCUACCAGAUGAUCGCAAUGUCGCGGUAGGAACGAAGUCGGGCGAGAUACUCAUAUUCAAUGUGGCUUCUUCCACUCUGGUGGAGACCAUAAAGGCGCAUUCAUCAACAGUUUGGUCUAUGCACGUUCGUGUUGAUGGAAGAGCCCUGGUCACAGGAAGCGCCGACAAAGAAGUCAAGUUUUGGGACAUUACGCCGGGGAACUUCAGAGACUCCCGAGGUGUUGAUUCAUCAUUACUGGCGCAUACUAGGACACUCAAGAUGUCAGAUGAUGUCCUCGCCGUACGAUACAGUCCCGAUGGCAAGAUGCUUGCAGUAGCACUCCUUGACUCAACGGUCAAGAUCUUUUACCAAGAUACUAUGAAGUACUUCCUCUCACUCUAUGGACACAAGCUCCCCGUCCUCGCUAUGGAUAUUUCAGACGAUUCAAGGCUUAUUGUGACUUGCUCCGCUGAUAAGAACGUCAAAAUAUGGGGUCUUGACUUUGGUGACUGUCACAAGUCCAUCUUUGCGCACGAAGAAAGUGUAAUGCAGGUGCAUUUUGAGAAGAAGUCGCAUUACUUUUGGACGGCCGGAAAAGACAAAAUGUUGAAGUACUGGGAUGGCGACAAGUUCGAGAAUAUCCAAAGGUUGGAGGGACACCAUAGCGAAAUAUGGGCCAUGGCUGUCAGCAAUCACGGCAACUUCGUUGUCACCGGUUCUCACGAUAAAUCUAUCAGGGUCUGGGAAAAGCUUGAUGAACCUCUAUUCCUCGAGGAAGAACGGGAGCGUGAACUUGAGGCUAUCUAUGAUGAAAAUUUGGCCACCUCCUUGAACAGACCUGACGCCCCUGGGGACAGCGCCGAUACAAGAGAGACGGGUGCGGUACACAAACAGACGGCAGAUACUCUAAUGGCUGGCGAGCGGCUCAUGGAAGCCUUGGAUCUUGCGGAUGCUGAGCGUGCCGCCAUCAGGGACUAUGAAGAAGAAAAGGCUCGUCUAACCGUUGCCGACUCCUUGGGACUACAGCCUCCUCCCCGGAAUCCUGUUCUUGCUGCUCUGGGUGUUAGCCCUGAAGCUUAUGUUUUACAAAUCAUUGAGAAGAUCCAGAGCACAGCUUUGCAUGACGCACUUUUGGUCCUUCCCUUCGAGAAAGUGAUAUCUCUCAUGGUUUACCUUGAUAUAUGGUCGCAAGAGGGGCAAAAUAUCACUCUCACAUCCCGCAUACUAUUCUUUCUUUUGAAAACACAUCACCAUCAAAUUGUAUCGAAUAGACGCUUGCGUACCACGCUCAUCCCGCUGCGGCUUCAUUUACGGGCUUCUCUCCGACGAAAUCAAGAAAAUAUUCGAUACAAUUUAUCUGCGCUGCAAUACAUCAAACGAAAGUCCGAAGCUGACAAAACAUCAUUUUAUUACGAAGAAGGGCUCGCGGAAGAAGAAGUGAAGGCCAAAAUCACCGAGGGGCGCAAGAGGAAACGAGUGCAAGUUCAAGCUUAA